AUGUUGCGCUUAGCUGUAUCGAAUGUCCUGAUGAGCAAACCAAUAAUCCAGCAACGGGCAAUGUCUUCCUUGUUGUGUUCUAAGGCCUUAAUUGAUGGCAAAUGGGUUUCAGCCAGUAGCGGUAAAACAUUUGAGGUUAAAAAUCCGGCAAACAAUAAGGUUGUCGGAAGUGUGCCCAAUAUGAAUGCCAAAGAUGCCCAAUUGGCCAUAGAUGCAGCAAAGAGGGCAUUCUAUUCUGAUGAAUGGGCUGGUUUGACGGCCAAACAGAGGUCACAAUUGUUGAAGAAUUGGUAUCAUCUGAUCGAAAAGAAUACCCAAGAGAUUGCCGAAAUUAUGACAGCCGAAUGUGGUAAACCCAUAAAUGAGUCCAAGGGGGAAGUAGCCUAUGGUAAUGCUUUUAUGGAAUGGUUUGCUGAGGAAACAAGACGCAUCUAUGGUGAAAUUGUGCCAUCCCCAAUACAGAAUCGGGAAAUGAUUGUUAUGAAGCAGCCUCUAGGUGUUGCAGCACUCAUUACACCCUGGAACUUCCCCAUGGCUAUGAUCACACGCAAAGCUGGAGCUGCUCUGGCAGCAGGUUGCACCGUUGUCAUUAAGCCAGCAGAAGAUACCCCCUUAACAGCUUUGGCUGUUGCCAAACUUGCCCAGGAUGCCGGCAUACCCGAUGGUGUUGUAAAUGUUGUGACCACAAAAGAGGCUGCCCCUAUUGGUGAUCUAUUUUGCAAGAGCCCUGAUGUUCAUGGCAUCUCUUUCACUGGGUCCACAGAAGUUGGCAAAAUUCUCUUCCGUCAAUCGGCUGAUGGUGUAAAGAAAAUCUCCCUUGAAUUGGGUGGAAAUGCUCCAUUCAUUGUCUUCGAUUCUGCUGAUUUAAAUAAAGCCAUCGAUGGAGCAAUUGCUUCGAAAUUCCGUAACUGUGGCCAGACAUGUGUCUCAGCAAAUCGCUUCUUUGUCCAAGAAGGAAUAUACGACAAAUUUUUGGAAGGUCUCAAGCAACGUGUGGAAUCAUUGAAAAUCGGCCAGGGAGAUUGCGCUGAUACACAAAUUGGACCUCUCAUCAACACAAUGCAAUUCAAUAAGGUUACAGGCUUUGUUGAAGAUGCACGUAGCAAAAAAUGCAAUAUCAUUACCGGCGGCAAACCCUUAAAGGAUUUGGGUGAACUUUUCUAUGCCCCUACCAUCAUUACCGAUGUAUCAAAGGAUGCUAAAAUCUACACCGAAGAAGUUUUCGGCCCAAUUGUUACAGUUAUUAAAUUCAAAACCGAAGAGGAUGCUCUCAAAAUUGCCAAUGAAACUCGCAGAGGUUUGGCCGGCUAUUUCUUUAGCGAAAAUGUUCAACAAAUAUUCCGUGUUGCCAAACGUCUUGAAGUAGGCAUGGUUGGUGUUAAUGAAGGUUUGAUUUCUGCAGCUGAAGCACCAUUCGGUGGCAUCAAAGAGUCAGGAAUUGGUCGUGAGGGAUCUCACCAUGGCAUUGAUGAAUACACUGAAAUUAAAUACGUUUGUUUGGGCAAUUUGAAAUAUUAUUAAGU